CUGUUGUGUUGCUCCAGCUCCACACUGUGUUAUCUGACUCUUGCAUCGGCAAUUCUUACUAUCUCUUCGGUUACGGAGGCUUUAAGACUCCGGAUUCUCCCUCCCUAGCUGAUAGUGAAAACGGUUUUGAAAUAAGAUAUUAAACAUCCUGAAAGCCCAGAUUGAACAGCUGGAUUGACUGUAAACCACAAAACCCAUUACGCACAUCCUCCAGACGUCAUCUUAGACACUCCGGGCGUUGAUGCAAGUAACGUGACUUGAUUUGUUUCUCUCGAUGGAGACAAUACAGCACAGUGAAGAGAUGCUGAGGACUGCUCUAAUAUCUAACCAUAAAGAUGUGAUUGACCUGUAUCAGAAAUUCAGCCCAAGGGUGAAAAGCCUACUGGAAGAAGCUUUUCGGCCAGUUAGCGCCCUUUUUAAACCCAUUGUGUUACAUUCAAAGUCUGACUGGAUCCUUAGCCACCCGGAGCCAAAGCAAGAUUUCUAUGCAUUUUACAGUAGUCCGCACAGGAAAUCACCAGUUCCUGGGAGAAACAUUAUUUACAUUCAGACCAUUGGUUCAUUUGGUGAUUCACAGACAACUACUGAGACAUACAUACACUGGUUAAAGGAAUACUGUGAGACAUUUUUCUAUGGUCUGAAGAUCAAAUUUUUGUAUCCGGUUUCAGUAUCCCAAAUUGGUUGUGUAUUCCGUGUCAAUACAUAUUCACACAAUCUGCAGAUACUUGCAGGUAGUAUUCUUAAGUACCUGAAGAAGAAGAAACCUGAAGAUGCUUUCUGUAUUGUUGGAAUUACAAUGAUUGACCUUUAUCCUGAAGAUUCCUGGAAUUUUGUGUUUGGACAGGCAUCUCUUACAGAAGGAAUGGGUGUUUUUAGCUUUGCUCGAUAUGAUGAUGACUUUUACACCUCGAAUUAUAAGGGAAAGUUGAAGAAAAAGAAACAUCUGGCUCCUGAUGAUUAUUUUGUCUUUGAUGGAUACUACACACCACCUAUUACAAGCAAGUUGCUGCUGCGAUCAUGCAAGACUCUAACUCAUGAAAUUGGACACAUUUUUGGCAUGCAUCACUGCCAAUGGUUGCAAUGUGUAAUGCAAGGUUCCAACCAUUUAGAAGAAUCUGACCGACGGCCAAUUGAUCUUUGCCCUAUUUGCCUAAGAAAGCUGCAGUAUACCAUUAACUUUGACAUUAAAGAGAGAUAUAAGGCCAUGUUGACGUGGAUUGAGGACAAUUCUGAUCCUGAGAUUUUGGUUAGAACGGUGCAGGCAUCUCAUAAACCCAUGGAAGCAUUCAAAGAAUGGAAAGAAUGGUUGCUGCGGUGUCUGCAAUUUUUGGAGAAGUGAAUUUUAAUAAAUGCAAGUUGCUGAAGGCAGUGGUGAGGUGUGGGAUUCUUUUUGAGCUCUUAAAAAAAAAUUGUUUUUCAUGAUGUGCAGGCUGCACCAAAUUGUUGAUGAUGUGAGUAGAUACUGAAUAAACAAUCUUGAAUAGGUUGUGCAUGAUCUGAUAAGUCUGUUGUAUCCAUGUUUUGUUACAGGAAGUCUCAGAAUAUUUAGUAUCCUUUUUAAUAAGAAAGUGAAGACAUUUUUCACACAAUUCUUGAAAAUGUGCUGUGGAUUAUCAAAGUUUCUACUUGGGAAAAUGAGUGAAGCUUAUCAUUUGAGUAACACUUGCUUCAGUAAGGAAGUUUUGCGGUUGUGUACACAGAUUAUGUAUGUGUACGGGUAAUGCUGAGUGAUUGAAAAAACCAAGAAGUGGGUGUCGCAUUUACUUAUUACAUUGAUCUUUCAGACUGAAUUAUUACGAGUGUUAUGUAUUUACCAGUCACAAAUGUCAAAAGUAGCAGCACAUGGCAUCAAUUUAAGGCUAAGAUUAUGUUGAUAUUUAGAACUUUGUUUUCUAGGUUUUCACAGUGGGCGAGAAAUUAUUUUAGCUUUAUGGAUUGCUUUAGUUCACUUAUUGGUAAUUAGCUGCAUUUAGUUUUAACUGUCUUUACAUGUGAACAAGCAGUUCACAGUAGGAUUUAAAGUGGCCCUAUUACUUUGAAAGUCCGCAAUGCAACUUUUUGUAAAUGCUAUAUGGCCUCCUAAGUUUCCAAAAUUGUCACAAGGAAUUAAUGUCCAAAGAAAAAGUAUGUUACCCUCCCUGCAAGCGAACUUUAAGCCUUUUACUUUUGCAAAUAAAGAUCCUAAUGUCAGCUCUAGGACCCUACUGCAAGAUUGAUUUUCUUUCCCCCAAGACAGUUGGUGUCUUUGUGGAGAACUAACCGAACAGAAUUCCUGUGGGGGGUGAUUUAAAAAAUGAAGUUACUUAUCUCUGAAUGACUAAAUUUGUUUCAUGCCUGCUUUACCAUGGCUGCAAAUGAGGUGUUCCUUUUUCUGAGUGUUUUAUGAGCAUGUAAUUGAGUGUGAAAUAUAUCUUAGCAUUUUCACUGUCAAUCUUUGCCAGGCAAUUCUUUUCAAGGAUUUUUCAUGAAUUUGGGCUGCAAAAUUUUUUGCUGUUUGCAAUUAUUAUUUUAGUAAUGGUGAAUGUGAUGUGAUUACUUCUCUUUGUUUUGGAAGAUAAAAAAGAAAAAUAACGUUGCAAGUAAAGGUCAGAAUACUAAUGCCAUCCUUGCUCAUGGAAUUACAUCUAGAUUAUUUUCAAAAGUAUACUUUCUUACCAAAAGCUUGUAAAAUUAAAUUUAGUAACAGUUCAAAUUAAAUAUUAUCAUGUGCAAAAAAAUGUCAAUUUCUUUGCAUGCACCAUAGCACCAAGUGCUUCUGUAUAAUUACAGAAACUUGCUACAUUUGCAUGAUCCAUUACAUGACAAGAAUGCUGCCUUUGUGGAACUAAUUUUAGAUGGAAAUAUACUUCAAUAUUUUAAAGGAAAAUCAUCUUUGCUUGCUGUGCUUUACGGGAUGGCACUGCCAGCCACUGCCAAGGUCAUUGUAGCCCUGAAUAUUUAGAUGCCUGGCUAAUUUCAAGCUGCCACAAGGACUUCUCAGUAUUAAGAAGGAGCAAGACUCCGAAAGUUUGUGUUUACAAAUAAACUUGUUGGACUACAA